ACUGCAUACACUUGGUCACCUCAGCCUCAGACUACCCGAGAACCAUGGCAGGAGUGCUCAAUUUCCGACCAUUGACUGUUUCCCGAUCACCUCUCACUCUGAAGAGAUCUAAAGGAAGGUUCUCUUGGAGAGUCGCAGCGGAAUUUCAAGAAGCAGCCGUACCUUCUUCCUCUGUCUCUGCCUCUGUCGGCACAGAAGGUGUUUCUGCGUCCUCCUCUCCGAUUCUGUCACCACCUCCCAAUUUCAAUCCUCCAGAGCCGAAGCGUUUUGCAGUACGUCCUGACAAGAUUCUAGACAUUCUCGGAGCUUCUCUGGCUCUGAUAUUUCGUCUCGGAACCGGAGUUUUCGUUUCUGGGUAUUCUGCAUCUUUUGUGUCUCCUGCUGAAAUCUCACCGGGCGAAUAUGCAUUUGAAAUUGCGGGUUUCAGGCUAAAAGAGACGUCAAAAUUAGGCCCACGUCCGGAGAAUCCUAUUGAGAUUUAUGAAUUUGAAAGCUGUCCAUUUUGUCGGAAGGUCAGAGAAAUUGUUGCCGUGUUGGAUCUUGAUGUUCUUUACUAUCCUUGCCCAAAGAAUGGUCCAAAUUUUCGCCCAAAAGUUUUUCAGAUGGGUGGAAAGAAGCAGUUUCCGUACAUGGUAGAUCCUAACACAGGUGUUGCAAUGUAUGAAUCAGAUGACAUAAUCAAGUAUCUGGUUGGCAAAUAUGGUGAUGGAACUAUCCCCUUAAUGUUGUCUUUGGGGUUACUGACUACCUUGACUGAGGGCUUUGCCAUGAUUGGUCGUUUAGGGAAGGGAUCAUCGUACAUUCCUUCAAAAUUGCCUCCUAAACCACUUGAAUUAUGGGCCUAUGAGGCCUCGCCCUUCUGCAAAGUUGUACGGGAACUUCUGGUUGAGUUAGAGUUACCACACAUACUUCGCAGUUGUGCUCGUGGCAGCCCAAAACGUCAGAUACUUUAUCAGAAAGCAGGACAUUUUCAGGUACCAUAUUUAGAAGAUCCAAACACAGGAGUAAAAAUGUUUGAGAGUGCAGAAAUUGUAGACUAUCUCAAGGCAACUUAUGUUCUCUCAUAAAAACAACUUGCAUACAAUUUUUGGGUUUUUUUCUCUCCAUCCUUCACUGUAGAUUUGAUUAUAUAGUGACUAUAGACAUCUUGUAAAUCUGUCCAGAGAAAAGAAAAAGUACAUAUUUAAUGUAUACAUCCACAAUAAAACAGUUCACUUCUUCUACA